ACAGUACUCUCUCAGUUAUUUAUAGUUGCAAAAAGAAAAAAGCAAAAAUAAAAGCACCUACUUUGACUGUGGAAGAGAGAGAGUGAGUGAGUGAGUGAGGAAAAUCAGCUUUAAUGGAGUAUUGAACCCCAGGUCUCCAGAAGUAGAACCCAUUUGUCAUUUCUCACAGUCCUCACUGUCUCCCUCCUGGGGUCGUAACCUUCACUAUCUUAACCCCAAAUGCACCUUCAUUAUCUUCUACCUCUCGCUAUCUAAACCCAUCAACUCAACACCAUCACCAGUACUGAGACUGAGACUGAGAAACCCCAUUUUCAUGGAUCCUUAUUCCAAGUUCUCCUUCUCUCUCAUUCUUAGCUUCGUCGUCCUACUUCUCACUUCCAGAGGUGUCUCUGCUGCCACCUUUAACUUCGUGAAUCGAUGUGACUACACUGUUUGGCCGGGUAUUCUAGCUAAUGCCGGAAGCCCAAGACUCGACAGCACAGGAUUUGAGCUCCCAAAGGACACCUCUCGAUCUUUCCUGGCUCCGACGGGUUGGUCGGGCCGUUUUUGGGGCCGGACGGGUUGUGCUUUUGACGAAUCAGGUUCAGGGUCUUGUCUCACUGGAGACUGUGGUUCUGGCCUGAUCGAGUGCAACGGCGCCGGAGCUGCUCCGCCAGCGACUCUCGCCGAGUUCACUCUAGGAACCGGCGGGCAGGACUUCUACGACGUUAGCCUCGUCGACGGUUAUAACUUGCCCAUGGUCGUUGAAGGAACGGGCGGGUCAGGUCUAUGCGCCUCUACGGGCUGCUCCACGGACUUGAACCAGCAAUGCCCGUCGGAGUUGAGGGUCGGAAACGGUGACGCGUGUAAGAGUGCGUGCGAGGCGUUCGGGAGCCCGGAAUACUGUUGCAGCGGCGCGUAUGGUUCACCCUCCACUUGCAGGCCGUCGGUUUACUCGGAGAUGUUCAAGUCUGCUUGUCCAAGAUCGUAUAGCUACGCGUAUGACGACGCUACUAGUACGUUUACGUGUACGGGAGCCGAUUAUACGGUGACGUUUUGUCCAUCUUCUCCAAGUCAGAAAUCCUCAAGAGAUACUACACCAGCAGCAGGGUCACAAUCCGGGGUAACAUAUUCGGAUCCAGGACAACAACAACAACAACCCGAGGUAACAUACCCGGAAUCUGGAACAGGGUCGGGUUCUGGAUCCGGAUCUGGAGGAACCAUUUUGGCAGAUGGGUCAUGGUUGGCUGGUUUGGCAAUGGGAGACUCACCAAGAACAGUCUCAUCACCCUCAACUCUACAUGCUGCAUUCAUAGCCCUUGGAGCUUUUUAUGCCAUCUUAUUCAGAAAGUUGUAACCUAGAUUCAUGAGUUUGGUUUUGGUUUUUGGUUUUUUUUAGUUUUCUCCAAUGUGAAAUUUCUCGCAGUUUGCAGUAGCAGUGUUAUUAGUAAUUUAGUAGAGUUUUGUAUUUUCUAGGAAAGCUGACAGAUUCAUCCAGAUUGUAAACCACUACUCCUUCAAGAUUCUCCCAAACUAUUCCUGUAACAUACACGUUUUUUUUUUUAAUUUCAAAAAAAGGGUCUUCAUUGCCUUUUGGUUUAUUGAGAAUAUUUAGGCCCUUUUCUUUCCCA